AGCAAUGCUUAACUUGUUGUCUUCAGCUAAGCAUAGAAUCAAGUUUCAGACAGAGAGAGAGGAAAACAAAACAGACGACUAAAGAACUCUGCAAAGCCUCUGAUUUAUUCAAAAGGUUUGGGUCAAAGAAUACGAUGAACUCUCGGGCGAUCUACGCCGUCGUAGCCAUCCUCGCGAUCGUAAUCUCAGCCGUCAACGCAAGCGUCGGCGACUUCGGAGGCUCCCUUGAUUUCGUACGAGCCGGAUCUUCUUCGCUCUUCUCCGGAUGCAAAGGAUCCAUCGCUGAGUGUAUAGCUGAGGAAGAGGAGAUGGAGUUCGACUCCGAUAUCAGCCGGCGCAUUCUAGCGCAGAAGAAGUACGUUAGCUACGGUGCGAUGAGGAAGAGCAGUGUGCCUUGCUCGCGCCGUGGAGCUUCGUAUUACAACUGCCAGCGUGGCGCUCAGGCGAAUCCUUACCGCCGUGGAUGCAGCACCAUCACAAGGUGCAGACGUUGAAGGAGAAAGUAAUUUAAAUUCCUAUUUUGGUUUUUUUUUUUUGUGUUUCGAUUUAUUUGUUCUUUUAAUUUAUUUUCCGGGAUAUAUAUAUAAUAUAAGUUUGAUUAUACACAAUGGAAACUAUAGUCUUCGUUUUGAAACAAAAUGGUUAUUGUUUGGUUGUUCUUGUUCGUACAAAUAAAUAAUUCAAAGUUGCGUAGAUUAAAGAUA